AUGUCCGAAGCAAAAUCGAGUCCACUAGUUGCGAGUCGCAAGCUGGAGGAAGAGGCGGAGAACGGCGUAGAGGGUUCCGGGAGUGACGAAUCUUAUUCGACAAGCUCGUCACUUAAGGACGCGGACGACUCCAGCUCGGAGGACUCGGCUGAUAAACCGGAGAACAUAAAGACAAGACCCAAACUUCGUGGUAAAGCAAGCCCAGGUACAAUCAAGGGGGGUGAUGGAAGUGGUCCGAGGCCCAAACUUCGCGGUAAACCAACUCCAGAUGUAGUCAAGGCGGGUGAUGGAAGUGGUCCGAGGCCCAAACUUCGCGGUAAACCAACUCCAGAUGUAGUCAAGGCGAAUGACGGGACUGGUCCGAAAGGUCCAAAGGGUCCAAAAGAAGAGAAAAAGGACAAUAAAUAA